CGCUUUUUGGCACCAGGCGUUCUGUGGUUCCCCUGAGCUGGUUGCCAGGCAACCCCGGCUGCAUUAACACUGUAUGAGCGGAAGAGCAGGGGAAGCCUCUUGCCUCUAGAGCAUGGCAACCGCUCCGACCACAUCGGCGUGAGUAUGAGACUGAGUCCCUCGCUCACAGCGCCCGCUCUUAUAGCCGUCCAGCUCAAACACACACUGUUCAGUAGACAGCAAGGGAAACACUCAGCCACUGGAGCAGGGGAACGGGAAAAGCCUGGUUAGGUUGCUAAUCAUUUCGAGGGUGGAAUCCACUUUCUGAAAUCAGAAGUUGUAGCUUGAUUAUUUUUUUACCUUAAAAUUGAAAAUCCAGGAUAGGACAUCAGCUGAAAGUGUUUUAAAUUGCUAAGUUGCAUGAGCCAAAGUUUGUCAGUGUGAAUUAAUCUUUAAAAAGGAACGUCAAGUUGCAGGUUGAUGUGUACAGUACUCUGAUGUGAGAAAGAAGACUAAAGUCUUUGGUGGAAUCAACUGGGGUUUGCAAAGCAAAAAGAAGUGAGAUGGAAUUAUAUACAUGAAACCGCUUCCCUCCUCACCUGCUCAUCAUCUGACUCCCCACUUCAACCUGACAUCAUCUCCCCAUCAGAAAAGGAGUGGAGAGGAGAAGAGGAGAGCACAACUGCUCCAGCUCCAGCUCAUCAAGGCUGAGGAGGAGAAACUGACCACAAAGCAAACUUGGUCACUACUGAGAUGCAACUUGGGGAGGAAACACUCAACUGCCGUGGGGUACGACAUCCGACGAAAGAAGCUUUUGAAUUGGACAAUCUGGAAGACGAGACAGCCCUCUCCCUCGGAUCCCGUGCCUCUCCACUGCCAAAGGAUGAGAGGUGCCGACUUUUCCCUUAGUUGCCAGGGAUAUCUGUGCACUACGGAAAGGCAAACAACCCCUCAAGCAUGUCCAAUGCUAUGUUCCUCCUGAUGCUCUGCAAGACUGGUCUGAGAGGGAAACUGCAGACCUUUCCUGGGAAAAUGGUAAACACUGCCAUCUGUGAUGAAGAAACUGGAAUGCAAGACAAGGAAGGUACAGAGGAGUCCAUUCUGGCCAUGCUUGGGAUCAUCGGCACCAUUCUCAACCUGGUAGUCAUCAUCUUUGUCUACAUCUACACCACGUUGUGACUGUGAUAAAAACACAUCCCUAUCGUUUGCAUUGAACAGCACAGCAGACCUACCGGCUGCAGCCAUGUUAUUCGGCUGGGAGUUGAGUCUGUUCCGAGGCGGUGCCGUGCUGUCGAUCGACAUUCCCAUCGUUCAAAGGCAUCUAAGACUGUGUGAUUACAGCGACGCAUGUAACCUACGGCAGCGCCAUCGAGCGGUGUUGAGACUAUGUUUACGGGAGACUGGACCGUUCCUAUGGGGCCUUUGUCCGGGCCGUCAGUAUCAUCCUGAGUCUCUGAUACUACUUUGACCUUUUAACCUGUAAAUAUGCAUGAGGCUAGCGUGAGCCACUUGGUAAGUCAGCUCUCGAGAUCCAGCUUUCUUACACAGGUGCCAAGACAAGGAGAACGUUUAAAAAAAGGCCCGAUAAACAUUUUGAUAUGAAAAAGGGGAAAGCAUGAUAAUCAAACCCUCAGAAUGAACAGAUUACAUUGAAACUGUAGACUGGAGAAGAGUCAUGUACAUUAUGAUCAAAUUGAUAGUUGAUAACUCUAUUUACACGAGUACUAUCAUAUUGUUAAAAAUGAUGUUUACAGAAAAAUACUUUGAACUGAGUGUGUUUAGUGGGUAGGUGGUAGCACUGUGCAAGUCAACCUACGUUUAUGAUGGUUCUAUACUAUUUAUUGUUGUGUUCUGAUUUCUAUUUUCAGGUAAAUAUAUUUUGGACCCUGUUACUUUACAUCAUUAUUUUAUUGUACGUACAGUGAUAGAAAAGGAGGCAACCAGGUUUUGUCUAUCUGCUUUUUUGGCACUAGCUAAAUGGGAAAUCUAAGACUUCUUGUUAGUGUUGCUGAGAGAAAUAUUUUCAGGAGUAUCAAGAAUCCAAGUCAAUUAAAUUAUGUUUAGUUUUGUUUUGUUUUCAGGAGGUGGGUAUUUGGUGAAGUAGGGGGUAGCAUCAAAUAUGAUCACAAAUGUGUGAUCUGCAUGCGUCACGAUAUAGUAUUAAAAAGCUCAUUUCAAAUGGUAAUAUGGGAGAAAAUAUUAUUGUUGUAAACUUUAUCUAAAUGUAUAUAGCAUUUACUGAGCUUUGACUGAAUAGAUCCUUUUAUUGUUGCCCUCUCCUUCAGGACUGUGCCAAGUAAGUCAUCUAACGUAAACUUCUGCAUAUUAACUGCAAUGCCUUGAGAUGAGAUGUAUAGUGAAUUUAAAAGCACAAUUUGGAUAUUACUAUUCACAGUAAGUACGAAUGUAUGGGCAAAUGUGUGUAAAGUGUAUACGCUGUAGCCUACAACCUCUUGUGAUUUCAAAAAAAGUGCCUGAGUUCAAGUUCAGUAUCUCAAUCCCAUUGUCCAGAUCUCAAAGCAGAAGAAGAUAAUAUGCAAGGGGAUCCAGUGGCAAGACAAACCACACAGAACGGAAUCUGCAAACGUGCUUGGCUAAUUAACCUGGAUCCAAUGGCUAUCUAAAACAUCUCCAGAACACUGGUAACUAAUUACAGAUGAUCCUAGCUCGUUCUAUUAUGAUGUCCUUCAACUUUGUCUACUCUUGAUUUCCCUGUAAGGAGCCAUUCGAAAAGGUUCAGAAUUACCCCCAAAGGUGACUGGCUCCUGCUCCUAUUCCUCCAGACAUAGCAGAUAGUUGGAGGAGGUACAGUAGUGUAGUAAGUACAUGGACAGUGUUGAGAAUGUAUUUCAGAUUUGUAAUUGAAUUGUAAGUCCUUGCCUUUCUGUUUCUGUUUCUAUUCUUGUGUAAUUUAAAUGCCUAGUGAAACCAUAUGUUAUUAAAUGGAGUUUCAUAGCAUUGCAUGGGUCUCAGUAACCAUGAGCAUCAUUUUAUUAACCUUUGACUUGAUAUUAUAAAAUCCCAGAUUUAAGCUUUUAUCAGAUAAUUCUAUUUUUAUGUAGUUGUAUGCUUAUCUUUGAAUUCUCAGAGCCAGUUUUCCAGACUCCUGGACUAAAAAGCAUGCUCAAUGAAAAUUUGUGCUUCUUAGUCCAGGAUUAGUCUUAAUCUGGGUCUGGGAAACUGGCCCACAAAGCCUAUUAUACAUAGUUUGAUGGGUAAUACUGGAAGUAAAAAGAAAAAUACUUAAAUCUUAUCUUCCUAUUAUUUUUUCCAUGUCUAAGAUAGUUUUUAAGCUUGCUGUUUUGUUAAAAAUAAUUCAAUAAAACCUAUUCAAAAAUAUAUUAUGAAAUUA